AUGAGGAAACAGGAGGAUGAAGCAACAAACAACAUUAUCAAUUCACAAUCUAGGCGAGUUUCUUUGCCUAUUAGUAUAACUUCUGUUCCUUCAUUGAAUAUAACUGAAUCAAGUAUUUCAGCAGCUUUGAAGAAAAGAAGAGUUAAUGAUUCUCCUCUUGGUAGAGCUUUUGACUUGCAAACUAGAGCUCAAUUAGAUGCAGAGAUUGCUAGAAUGUUCUACACUGGGGGUCUACCUUUUAAUUUUGCUAGAAAUCCUUAUUAUGUGAGUUCUUAUUCUUUUGCUGCUAAUCAUGUUUUGGGUGGUUAUGUGCCGCCUGGUUAUAACAAAUUGAGAACCACAUUACUUCAGCAAGAAAAAGCAAAUGUAGAGAGGUUGCUUGAACCAAUUAAAAGCACUUGGUUAGAAAAGGAUUGUUCUGGUGAAGUGAAAGAUAAGCAAUUUAUUGCUAAUUUGCUAAAAGAAGUAAUUGAUGAGGUGGGUCAUCAAAAAGUGGUGCAAGUCAUUACUGAUAAUGCUUCAAAUUGUAAAGGUGCUAGAGAAAUCAUUGAGGGAAUGUUUCCACAUAUUUAUUGGACUCCUUGUGUUGUGCACACUCUUAAUCUUGCUUUGAAGAAUAUAUGUGCAGCAAAAAAUUUGGAAACUAAUCAAGAAACUUAUGAUGUGUGUCACUGGAUCACUAAAAUCCAUAGGGAUGCUUUGCAAAUCAAGAAUUUUAUAAUGAAUCAUUCCAUGAGGCUUGUAAUUUAUAAUCGGUUUAGCCCUUUGAAAUUGCUUUCAAUUGCUGACACUCGUUUUGCUUUUAUUAUUGUGAUGCUUAAAAGAUUUAAAAUUAUUAGGCGUGCUUUAGAAGCAAUGGUUAUGAGUGAUCAAUGGGCACAAUACCGAGAAGAUGACCAAGACAAAGCUAGAUUUGUUCGUGAUAAAGUGGUAGAUGAGGAUUGGUGGGAAAAGGUUGAUUACAUCAUUGCUUUUACUGGGCCCAUUUAUGACAUGAUCAGAGUUUGUGACACAGACAAACCAUGCCUUCAUUUGGUUUAUGAGUUGUGA